ACGAAAGAGAUUGAGAAAGAAAGAGAGAGAGACUAAAGAAAAGAUCUAGAAGAGGAAGACGAAGAAAGAAGAAUGGCGUUGCAAUGGCUGAUUCUGUCGUAUGUGGUGGCGGCCGAAGUUGUAAUCACCCUCAUGUUGACUCUACCUUACCCAAUGCUUAUUAAGAAACGUGUCGUUCAACUUGUCUCGUUGAUUCUCCAACCUGCUGCUUCCAUCGUCGCCUUCGCCGGAUUCCAGCUCCUCGAUUUAUACUGGAAGGCUGAGCAUAGACUUUCUUGUUCAUCUGAGGUAUGCACUGCUACGGAACGGGAUCGCUCCGAGAAAUCUAUCUACAAGGCUCAGAGGAAUGUGGUUCUGUGCGCUGCAGGAAUUCUUCUCUACUGGUGCAUCUACCGCAUCUGCAAGUUCAACAAAGAUCUGGAGCUCUUGGAGGCAGAGGCGAAGAAGAGAUCCAAGGAAGAGUAAUAAUCUUCACGAGUAUAGGGAGUUGGUUCCACAAAACCAUUAUAUAAGUAAAGGUUUUCUUUUUUUAAUUGCAUUUUUUUACAUUCAAAUAUUACUGAACCUGAACGAAACUAUGAGUAGUAUCGUGAAUAGCCUUGCACACGAUAUGUAUAUCAUCAGCGUCUAUUUCUUUCUGCUUCUUUGAUCUAUAUUUCAAGAACAGCCUUCAUUUA